CAGAAUAGAAUAGAUGUCACGAGGUUUUAGUCGGUGUGAUAAGUGUGACAAAAUGGCGGUUGAUCGGGAGUCGCUCGUGCGGAUAGUCGGUACACCACGGUAAAAGGGAACUUGUUGGAAGACCGGUCGCCGCCCGACGUGGUGAGCGGUAGUGCCACCUAAAACGUGGUGACCAACCGACUAACAUGUCUAUCAGUCUACCUAUCCCGGAUAAAUAAUCAUAUAAAUGUGAUGUUGGCAUUUCUCCGUUAUUCAAUGGUCCGCCAACGCCGCCGAUUGCCACCACCACUCCGCCGCUUUUAAGUGGGAGAAAUGCUUGCGUUACAGACAUACGCAUCACGUAUUGCUAGCAUACCUAAUUUAUUUGUUACGAACCACACUAUUCGAUGGUCAUUGUUGUUGCCAGUACAUUUCACUGCUACCGCGUUUUCUUGGCUUCAACACCGAACGUCUUGUUCACCAAUUUUAAAACUCAUAUCAGAAAUGGCUAAAAACAAAGGAAAUGCCGGUGAACUGAUUUCACUUCGUCUUGAAGGCCUAGCUGAUGAUUUUCAAAUGCAAUUCAGGAUCAAUAAAGAUGCUUCUUUUAAAUGGCUCUUGGAAAUGUAUAGUAAAAGAAUUGGUACAAAUAAACAAUUCUUUUAUGAUGGAAAAUUGAUUUCUGAAACAGACACACCUGAAUCGUUAGAAAUGGAAGAAGAAGGUACGAUAGAAGUCCACAAUGCGGUCUAAUAUAAUGUGCCUAUCUAUCUAUUAUACUUAUUCAUAAAUAAAGGUCACAUCUAGUAAUUGAUUUA